AUGUCUGAAGUGGGAUAUGAAGUGUUGUUGAAAUACAUUUAUCAUGAAAAACAGGAAGAAGGGAGUAUGAUGUGCGCACAACAUGCUCUCAAUGCCAUUCUACAGGGUCAAUUUUUCGAUCCGUCACAACUAGCGCAAAUUGCCGAUGAGAUUAGCGAGUAUGAGCGCAAUGAGCUCGGCAUUUGUACACAGGAUGCGAAGAAUAUGUUAUCUCGCCACAUGGAUGAAACAGGCUAUUUCAGUCUCGAAGUUAUUGAUCGUGCCCUGAGGGCUUGGGAUAUGAACUUGGUUCGGUGGCGUUCGUGCAAAGAGUUGCGUGAGCGCUACGCGUACCCUGAGCGUGAAUUUGCAUUUUUGCUCAACCUUGGACAUCACUGGAUUGCUUUGCGUGGCUUUGGACAUGUGUCUCGCACAUGGUUUAAUCUAAACAGCUUUUACCUUGAACCACAGUGGCUAAGCAAUAUAUACCUCAGUUCAUUGUUGCAACAGGCUGAACUGGAACAAUACACGGUUUUUACGGUUGAACUCCAAGCUGGCAUGGAUCCACCUGCCACCAUCACGGACGAUGUUGCGGAUGCGCAUGCAUCACGUUUUUCCGAGGAUCACAGCUUGAUGAUGGACGAAGAUGAAGAUUUCCAGAAAGCUUUGAGUGCCAGUUUGGAAGAAGACCAAGCAAAUGCAGCCCAACCUAGCACACCCACAGGACGGCGUCGCGCUGGACAGGAGCGGUUGGAUGCGGAAGAAGAGAUGCAUGAUCCGCUUCGAAGUCGAAUGCGACAUUCAACAGGUGUCAGCACGCCUGGGAGUGGAUAUCGUUCUAUGCGACGUUUUGGACCUCAUGAUGAAAGAGAAAAUACUUCCAAAACUUAUCAAAGGGCCUCUUUAUCUCGAAGAAAUCGACCAAAGUCAUCCCACGAUAUUGAAGAAGAGGGUGAUUUGGCUUCCUAUCCUUCUAGAAAAUCACCUUUCUUGCACCCCAUCGCAGCUUCUCUGCUUGAUGAAGAUGUGGAAGAUCUUGCCGAGGAAGAAGAAAAUGCACAUUUGGAAUUCUUAGAUGACGAUGAAGCUCAACUGCAGGCCGCUAUUGCGUCUAGUUUAGGGCAACCGUAUCAAGUGCCUGAGAGGAUCUUAGAUCAGACCUAUCGCACAUGUGAAAUGGCCAAAGAAUCUCAAAAAAUCCCAGAAGAUGUUCAACGCAUUACAAAGCUGCGUGAAGAUGCGCUGAUGAAUACAUCUCAGCGUUUAACGUCCGCAGAUGACCUUUCUCGGGCACCAACGAUUUCUUCCAAAACGUCGAUAUGUCGCAGUCACAACGCCGAGCCAGCCGAUGCGGGGGCUGAGACCAGCACAAUCUCAACAGAAGAAAUGAGACGUAGACGCCUUGCUCGCUUCGAAGGAUUGUAA